GGUUGGCAGUUGCUCGACGCCGCUCCACGCGCGUCAGACCUCUCCGUGGUGAGUCGCGUGCAUUUUGCACCUGCUCGACGUGCAACGCGCACGCGCACAGGUGCACGACCUACCGGCGCACAGACCUAAACUGGCGCGACGUCGAGCUUUCGUAGUCGGCAUCGGCCAUCCGCGACGCGAACUUUCACUCGGAGACGCUCCUCGCCUAGCCGUGUCGUGCUGGGCCGCGCCGCGUCGCGACACGUCGCGUCGCUGACAAUCGCGUUUGUUCACACCGCUAACUACUGUCUACCGCGAAACAAAUCGCCUCACGAUCGUCUUUCGCGUGCAACGACACGGAGGAUUUGGAGGAAGUGGGUGGGAAGGAGCCAAGGAUAGAGGUAAAGGACAAGGAAACCGACGACGCUGGACCGACGAACGCAAAACACGGUUAAAUCUUGGAGGAAGUCAGCGCGCGGGACCCGACGAUGGAUCUCACGCUACUCUUGCUCGCCCUGCUGCUCAAGCAAGAGGUUGCCGGUCUGAAGCUGAUUCGCAUAAACGUACCGCCGUACACCCUCAGAGGCAAGAGCGCGCUCCUCGAGUGCAGAUACGACCUAGAAACGGACAAGCUUUACACCAUCACGUGGUACAAGGAUGACGAGGAAUUCUACAGAUACGUGCCUAGAGGGGAACCUACCAAGCACAGCUAUCCCGUCGAGGGCGUUAAAGUUGACCAUCGACGGUCCGAUCAUCAGCAAGUCCUGCUGCAGGAUGUGAGCCUACACAGCAGCGGACAGUACAAGUGCGAGGUGAGCGGCGAGGCGCCAAACUUCAAUUCGGUCAGCGCCGAAGCCAGCAUGGAAGUCGUAGUUCUUCCACAAGACGGACCGACGAUAACCGGGGAGGAGAAGAUUUACGCCACCGGCGACGUCCUUGGCCUAAAUUGCACCAGCGACAAGUCUCAUCCAGCCGCGAAACUCAAGUGGUUCAUCAAUGGCGCGGAGGUGAUGCCCGACUCGAGGACGGUGUACGACCAUCACGGACUCUACUCGGUGAUAUCCAGUUUACGGCUCCAGUUGGAAUCGGAUCACAUCGCAGGCGACAAAAUAAACGUCAGAUGCGAGGCGACCGUGGAAUUGGAUUCAAACUCGGACGCGCCGCUCGUCGAGACGCGCACCACGGAAGUUUUCGUGGAGGGUCAUGCGAGCGUCGCGACGCCCUCCGUGUGCCUGACAGUGGCGAGCGCGCUGAUGCUGCGACUACUGCCACCCGUUUAGAGAAUCUACCGGCGGACCAGCGAAUCGACCUAUCGACCCGCCGCGUCUCGCUCGCGCUGGCGUUCGCGAUAGCGACUGGACUCGCGGCAACUAGCCGAACCGGAUGGCCAAGGAGAAGCUGAAGCGGAUGGCGAUGGAGAUGGAGGAACGGGAAGACACCGACAGGAGACCAGGGAUGGUAUCGCGGCGGACGUUUAGCAACAGGAAAACGAUCAGUCGCGAAAUCGAAACAAAACAUGGUCGUUACCGCCCGCUUCGCUCGAAUGGUCGGCGACUGAGAUGGGCACGGUUCGAUUCUAUCUUAGAGAAUAGCAAGUAACGAAUAAACUAACGUGUAGCAAUUUAUUCGUGGCGUUUGUUCGAUCGAGCAACUCGAUUUUGCUUUGCGCGUUGUGAAAUACUUCGAUGUACAGUACAGAUUUUAAUUUUUAUCCGCAGGAUUACGCGCGGUAGGACAUUGAACGAGAGGGCUCGAUUUUACGGGUCUAUGUAGCGGGAGUAUUAUUUUUUUUAAAGCUACUUUUACACUAGUGGAAAGUACAGUUCGUAUGUAUACUAGAUAAAAAUAAAGAUUAUUAAAUAAUUCAGAGCGUGUCGUCACUGUCUUCUAUUUGUGCUUUCCACUAGUGUGCGAGGAUUCAAAAGAGAACGGGUAGUUCGAACUAAAAACAAAUCGUAGAAUCGAGCCUCCCUUUAGAUUAGACUAUCCAAUCGUUCGUAACCCUGUAAGAGUAACGAAUAAAAUAAGAAUUUUGCCUAUCUCUAGUCGGCGACCCUAGCCGGGAAUUUGGAGACGACAGGUGCGAGAAAACGCUUUCAAUGACAGGGUACUAUCUAUCGAGCGCGAAUGUUUUACGCGGCACUCCUGUUUCCGAGUCGCGAUGUCCGGAUGCAUGCAUUCCAGACGCGUAGGGAAAGUUUGCCUCGCUUAGACCGCGUUGUUAAAUAAUUGAAAUUAGUACGAUAACGUCACUUAUCGCGUUUGCUUACAAGGUUAUGCCCAUAUUACUGUACAUGGCCGAUUUUCGUGUUGGAAAGUGCACCACUUGAUUUGUUACGCGGUAAAAUCUAAUUUCGAGGAGUUUGAUGUAAUAUCAGAGCCACGCAGCUGGUAAGUUUACAACCCCGAAGGUAAUAUAUUUUAAUAUUCUAUAUAUUUAUGAUAUAGUAUGAUAACUUUAUACAGGGUAGCCCGAAAGUUCCGUUAGAACUGUACGAUCUAUCAUAACUUUUUCAAAUUUUCCACCGAGAGUCGAUGAGAGCUUGCAGCAAAGUAUACUUAUAAAUAAACGCGAAAACGUUCAUUCUCUACCGAGAGCGUUUAACGAUAGCAAUUAGACUCAAAAUUCCAAGUAAUUUUCGGAUCGAUAAAUUAUACAAAACUAAAAUCAAAAAUUGCUAAUAAUGCAAAAGAUAAAAGCAACGACUAUAAUCGUAAUCGUAACAGAUCUUUCGGUCCACUCUGUAGCAUACUAAUGAAAAGAUCUUUGGGCUAAAUAAAGUGGCGCACGAGGUAGAAACUCCACGAUGGUCGAGUUUUUUUAAAUUGAAUUACACUUGGUUGCUCCAAUUUGGUCGGUUUAAUUACGGCAUUACUUUCAUUUUCAACGUUCGUUCAAUCAAUUUCAAAGCGUUCGUAUGAUUUAGGCAAUCUUUCCCUUAGAGUUAUUAUUUCAACUAACGAAUAAAGACUCAAAAGACUCAUCCAUGAGCAACGAUUUCAUUCGACGAAAAACGACUGUUCGCGCAUAAAUCUGUAGCGUUGUUUGAAACAGAUUUAUUUCACCGAGAGUUUAUUCGUUAUUCGAACGGCCUCAACGACGAGUAAGCGUCUUCGUUAAGUCGCCGUCGUCUAUUGUACAUCACAUAUUGCAGCGCGACGCAGUAGAUCAACGGUUUCUCACAUCGAUUCUUCCUAAUUUUUCGUUCAACAUUUUAUUCGAAUAAAAGAAUCACUCGUCGUUCUCGAAUGACUUCAUUUUUUUUGCGACUUCUAAUCGAAUGCUAUCUAAAGCAGAAUUUAUUUGAGAAAGUGUGUUCGACGUUUUAUUCGAAUAACGCCCAACCCUGCUUCCAUUACAAGCUAGCGAGAGCGUUGAAAUCGCGCCAUAGCGCGCGCGAGCAUCGAUACGCGAUCCGUGAGCGCAGCCGAGCGCUGGACCGGCCCAACGCGGAUUAUCGUCUCGUUUUGCGGCACGCGACUCGAAAGUACGAUUUACGAGACUAUAAGCCGAUUAAUUUGUAAAAUUCGACGUGCACGGCUGGGGCAAACAUUUGUUGAAAUUGUACGGAAACGGGCGAUCCUUCCGACCGAUCGUCGACGAUCCUGACCGGUCCACGCAAAUCUCGUCGUAGUUCGUUUCCGCGCGACGGAAGAGUCGGUCGUAAGUUGCGAGUUCACGCGCCAUCGAAGGUUCGUUUCCACCGAACGUAAAACCAAGACUUUUAAUUUUAAUGCCACGAUAGUAAACGCCUGGCUUCACUCUGUUCCAAUAUUUCCGUCUCGCAACCCCUGGAAACAAUCCAUACAUUGUAGAUAUAUUUUUUCAACAGUAUUGUAUAUACUGCCCGUAUGUGAAAUUGUAUACACUGGUCCCUCAGUUUACACGGCACUUGUUAUACGUGGCUUUUGUUUCGCGCGAUCAACAAUCACUCGAUUUACGCGAUACCUUUUAUACACGGUUUAGUUUUAACCAGUGGAAAAAAAAAUGCCCAUGUUAUUUCGGCAAAAAUCAUUCCGCAUGUGCGGUGGAAAAGUUUCGUUUAAUCGAACCGUUAACAUUAUUCUGACCCCGUUUCCGUCGACACGAAUCAUCGAACCCUGUCAAGUUUAAACGGGUAAUGGAACGACAAUCGUUGCGAAUUUACGAUCUUCGCGAAUUUAUUGUUGGAUUUACUUCGCGGGAAUUCUUCGGAAACAUUUCAUGACUCGACAAAUGGCUCUAUAAGUUCGAAAAACCGUACUUUAAGUGGUUUCCCAUUCGCGUCGUAAUAAGAGGUAACUCGAAGGAGAUCCAUUAAUCUCCCCCUUGUUUCCAUCAAUGUCAAACGGCCGCUUUAAAGCGCUCGAAUGGGCGCGAUCCUGAUUUUAUAAAUUUAAUUGUUCGCUCGUUAAUUUUCUUAGAAAAAAGAAAUUACAAGCAUCGGCCUUCUGGAUCGCAUGCACGUGCACCCUUAAUGUCACGUGAACACGCACCUGUAGCGAGGGUCGCGAGCGAAGCGUCUCGAUGUUCCGCCGCCAUAUUCCGCCGUCUCUCUCGCAUUUACGCUCUCUCGCAUUACGCGCCCCCGCAUUACGCGCUCUCGCGUACACGCGUGUUGUCCCCGUUUACGGCUUCGAAGCUUCCAUUCCCCGGUACUUGUACUUCCGAAACGACGCGCGCUCUACCUCCUCGCGCCGCCACUCUUCUAGCUCGUAGUCGCAAUUGCGCGUCUCGUUCGCGCGACCAGCCGACCGACCGCUUCCGGAUUCCGCACCGCGCCCGCCGUCGACCGAUUCGCCUUCCACGCGACUGGAGAUUGACAACAUUCGAUUCGAAUGAUAGAUAACCGACGAAACCAACGUGCAUCGAUACAUUCAUGGGACCUUUAUGCGAUCGAACGAUUUCCGUUACUAUUAAUUUCUUACUAAUUACUGUUCAACCUUUCGCCAAUAGAUCACGGUACCGUCGUACUUGUCAUGUUUAUUAAUAACAAAGUGUAAAUUUCCAGAAACGCCAGGUGCUGUAAUAACUCUAAAGAAUUGAUUUCGAAAUUCUAGCGAGCAAUUGCCAUAUUUCAAUCUCGUUAAAGUAGCAUUUCAAACGUUUAACUCGAGUUAUAAAUUGAUUUAUUGGAAAAUAAAUUUCGAGAUCGAUUCAGCCCAGAGGUUUUCCCGACGCUCAUUAAUUUAACGGUGAAAAGGUCAACGUGUAAUGGAUCGUUAUUCGAGAAUUUUGCCCAUCUCCGCUCGCGGCUCUUCCUCCUCCCCGGAGUGCCACCCUGUGCGUGCAUGUGUGCGUGCGUGUGUGUGCGUGUAUACUUUGUACAUACUUGCGACGCGCGUGUUAUACCUGUCGUAUCGACGUACCUUACCGAUUAGAAGAAAAGAAUCCGAAGAUCGCAUCGAAGCGAAGUUUAUCGCGCUUUCCGUAGUAUAGGCAACGACCGGUGGCGUCUAUUAAGAUUCGAUUACGAUCAUUUCCUAAACGUUGACACGAUCGUCGAAUCGAUCGGAAAAAUCGAGAAUUCGUUCUGAUCGCGUUCGGCGAGCGUCGUCCAGUCUUUGGAUGAAAAACGCGAACUUCUAUUGCAGAAAUGGACGCCACGACCGCUUCAGCUAGCGGCUCGACAAGUUCUCGUGCUCGCCGUGAGCUGAAACGAUCGCGACGCCGAAUUCCGAUCUACGAUCUUCAAGCAGUCGCCACUCGUCGACAUCCCGAAACCCAUCGGAAAGAUUACGUACUUGUGUGUAUGGCCUAAUGUAUAUAUUUCGCAUAUUUAGUAAAUAAAUCGUAUU